AUGGAUAUUGAUAUAAAUGACCAGGAUGUUCAAUUGGAAAGAGAUCAAUUGGAAAAAGAUCUUCUUGAUGUUCGAAAGUUAUCUUCCGAAGUUGAAUCUGAUCCAUAUUCUCAUCAAGCGUAUAUCGAUUUAAUCAAUAAAUUUAAAAGUAUGGGCCCAUUUAUGACUGAAGAGCUGCAAAAUGCGCGUUCUUCAAUGGCAGAAAAAGUUCUUCUUUCUCAAGAUGAAUGGAUUCAGUGGUUGAGUGACACAAACUUACCUGAAGAAGUACGAUUAGAGAUUUACAGAAAAGCUGUCUCUAUGUCACCAACCCCCAAGAUGUGGAGUGAAUACGCGUCUUUUUUGAUUUCAAAAUAUAAUGAAGACAACAACUCCUCGAACUAUUCGCGAGAUAAAAUUUCUCGUGUUUUAGAAAAAGGUUAUAACGUUGUAAAAUACGAUAUCCCUGAGAGCAAUAUUGUUUGGGAUCAGUAUCGAGAUUUCAUUGCAACAGAUUUGGAAAUACCACAAAAACGAGAUGCUACUAUUUCAAAAAUUAAGGAAAUGUACCUUCAACGCUUGGCUAUACCGCAUAAAUGUUUAUCUGAUACCUUUUCUGACUUUUCUUCAUUCAUCACCACUUAUGACAAUAAUAAUUACGAAAAAGAAUUAGUAUCGGCCAACAAAAUAUAUCAAAAUACCCUUAAGGCUUUAGAAUUAAGAACUCGUUGGGAGCAAUCAUUAUAUGAAGCGAGAUCUUUGGAUAAUUAUGCAUCUUAUAUUUACUGGGAAAUAACUCUACCCAAAAAACACCAGGAGCCACAUUUAGUUGGUGCUCUGUAUGAGAGGACCAUUCUAGACUAUCCUUAUGUCCCAGAGGUUUGGGACGAUUACUUGUUCUAUACAACAGAAAAACUUUAUACGGAUAAUCUUUUAAGCAAUAUAAUUGAUAGGUCUUUACUUGCAAACCCCUUUUCUGGAGUGUUGUGGGCUCAUAAGUUACGAUAUUUAACAGGAAAGAUUGUAAAUGAAGAAAUUUGUGAUCUGAAACAAACUUUUGACAACAUUUCUGUAUUCAAGGAACCAGAAAAAUAUAACGACUGGAAAUCAUUUAUGACAGAAUGGGUCACUCAUUUCACUAAAAAAUUUGGCCCUGUUUUGAAUGAUCCAAAUGAUAGUUCUUUAUUUGAAAAGGUUUUAGAAGGGUGUGAAGAUGCUAUUGAAAGAAUUAUGAGAGAUGGUAAAGAUGAUGCAAAUUUUGAUUUAGAGGUUAUGAUUUCCAAUUUUUUUACAAAAAUUCAAUAUGAUAAUUUUGUAUGGGAAAAACUUAAAAAGACUCGUGGUAAUUAUUCAGAAUAUUGGAUUCAAUGGGCUUCUUGUGUUAAUAAAUCAGAGGGUUAUGAGAAGAGCAAAGUGAGACUAAUUUUUGAAGAAGCUAUUAAUCGAAAAAAUCUUGACUGGCCUGAAAAGGUUUUUGAGGAAUAUGUAUUAUUUGAAAGAAACUAUGGUACCUGUCACUCAGUUCAAAAGGCAUUAGCCAAAACACGGAUUUUAAGUAAACUCCUUCAACAUCGCAGACAGCAAACUCAAGCAUCAAAAGAAGGAUAUAUUCAAUCCGAAAAAGUGGAUUCAGUUGAAAUAAUAUCUCAUAAGAGAGCGCAUGAAGAUAUUGAUGAUGUUGUCCUAGAUCAAAGCAAUUAUAAAAGCGAAGAUUCUGAAACUAAAUCUAAAAAAUCGAGCCACCAAAAUACAAGGGAUCGCGAAAAUAAUACAAUUGUUGUUUCUGGAUUCAGUAAAGCUACAACUGAAAAGGACCUCCAAAAAUUUUUUAAUGAGUGCGGUGAGAUCAUUUCAAUCAAUAUUGGUGAAAAUAAUGUUGGAAUUUUGGAAUUUGCUGAUCAUAUUAGUGCACUAUCAGCGCUUACAAAAGAUAUGAAGAAAAUUAAGGGUCAUGAGAUCAGUGUUCGGUCAGGAGAGGCAACAACACUUUAUGUCACCAAUUUCCCUCCAGAAUUUAACGAAAGUGAUAUCCAACAGCUAUUUGAACAGUAUGGUCAGAUUUUGUCUAUCCGAUUCCCUUCUUUAAAGUUUAAUACACACCGUCGAUUCUGUUACGUUCAGUUUAGUAGCGGAGAGAAUGCAAGAAAAGCUUCUGAGACAUUAAAUGGUGAACAAAUUGGUGAAUUGACAAUGCAAGUUCUAAUAUCUGAUCCGUCUAAAAAAACAAGCCGAAAAGGAGCUUUAUACGAAGAUCGAGAGGUUUUUAUUAAGGGGCUGGAUUUUAACUCUGUUGAUGAAAAAGAGCUCAGAUCUAUUCUUAGAAAGUAUGGAACUAUCGAUCGCAUUCGUUUGCCAUUGAAUAGAACAAAUGAGAAGCAGGGUAGACUUCACGAUGGAUAUGGGUUUGUUGUUUUUGGUAGCUCUUUAGAAGCAGAAGCCGUAAUCAAAUCACUUAAUGGAACGAAGUUAGGUUCACGAACCAUAUACGUGUCUCUUGCCAGUGAUAAAAAUACAGGUCCUAAAAAGUUGUCAAAAGUGGUUUUUGAUAAUGGAUUUGAAAAAGAAGAUAACAAUUAUGAUCGCAAUGAUAUAUUGGCAAGAACGCUUUCCAUAUCUAAUCUUUCUGACACUGUCAAUGAUUCGCAACUUAGAGUGAUUUUUGAAAAGUAUGGUCCCUUGAAGCAGAUUUUAUUGAGACCAGAUCUUAACAGCGCUAAGGUUGAGUAUGUCAAUGUUGCUGAUGCUGGGAAAGCUGAACUUGCACUUCAAGGUCAUUUGAUCUCUGGACAACCUAUAACUAUUAAUGCACCCAAUGUGCAGAAUGCCAAAAGUGCUGUUAGUGGAUUAGGACAUUUAUCUUUUAUCCCACGUGCCGCAAUGAGAAAUAAGCGGUUGUAA